AGGUGCACGGUACACAUAUACAUUUUGUUGUUGUUUUACUGAUAUUGCCCUAUAGGUUAAGUAGUAAAACAUAUGUAAAUACUCAGACUGCAAAUGCUAGUCUCCUCUUUCUCUUUGCCCAUCCUGGAGACUCACUCCUUAGAGGAAACCCACUCACUCGAAGUACCUUCUGGCCAAGCCAGGGAUUCCUACCCUAGCCUCCCUCAGCUGCUUUGGGGCAUGUCUGCCUGCAUAGGGCGGAUCUCCAUGCUAAGGUCUUUUCCCCACUGAGCAUUCAGUGUCAGUAGAAAGUUAAUGCCAUGAGGUCCAGGAUUUUGGUCUGGUCACAUGACUGCUUCCCCACAGCCUGCCCAGAUGCCCUGGCCCUAGAACAAUGCCCACACAGCUGUGAUAGCCGCUCAGUUGGUAGAUGGAUGUACAAAUACAGGCUGGAGGAAGUCCCUCUGGAGGUGCUGAGGCAGAGGGAGUCCAAGUGGCUGGACAUGCUCAACAACUGGGACAAGUGGAUGGCUAAGAAGCACAAAAAGAUCCGUCUGCGGUGCCAGAAGGGCAUCCCACCGUCUCUGCGGGGCCGUGCUUGGCAGUACCUGUCAGGGGGCAAGGUGAAGCUACAGCAGAACCCUGGGAAGUUUGACGAGCUGGAUAUGGCCCCGGGGGACUCCAAGUGGCUGGACGUGAUUGAGCGUGACCUGCACCGGCAGUUCCCUUUCCACGAGAUGUUUGUGUCCCGGGGCGGGCAUGGCCAGCAGGACCUAUUCCGUGUGCUGAAGGCCUACACGCUGUACCGACCUGAGGAGGGCUACUGCCAGGCCCAGGCACCCAUUGCCGCUGUUCUGCUCAUGCACAUGCCUGCUGAGCAAGCGUUCUGGUGCCUGGUGCAGAUCUGUGAGAAGUACCUGCCCGGCUACUACAGCGAGAAACUGGAGGCAAUCCAGCUGGAUGGGGAGAUCCUCUUCUCUCUGCUGCAGAAGGUGUCGCCUGUGGCCCACAAGCACCUCAGCCGGCAGAAGAUCGACCCCCUGCUCUACAUGACGGAGUGGUUCAUGUGUGCCUUCGCCCGCACGCUGCCCUGGAGCUCGGUGCUGCGCGUCUGGGACAUGUUCUUCUGCGAAGGAGUCAAGAUCAUCUUCCGGGUGGGCCUGGUGCUGCUGAAGCAUGCGCUGGGAUCCCCGGAGAAGCUCAAGGCCUGCCAGGGCCAGUACGAGACUAUCGAGCGGCUGCGCAGCCUCAGCCCCAAGAUCAUGCAGGAGGCCUUUCUGGUCCAGGAGGUGAUCGAGUUGCCAGUGACAGAGCGCCAGAUCGAGCGUGAGCACCUCAUCCAACUACGGCGCUGGCAGGAGACCCGCGGUGAACUGCAGUGCUGCUCGCCGCCCAGGCUGCAUGGUGCCAAGGCCAUCCUGGAGGCAGAACCAGGCCCCCGGCCCAGCCUGCAACCGUCACCGUCCAUCCGUCUGCCCCCAGAUGCCCCGCUCCCUGGCUCCAAAAGCAAGCCCAAGCCACCCAAGCAGAUUCCGAAGGAGCAGCAGAAGCAGAAGGCGAGUGGGCAGCUGGACAAGACCCCAACGCCAGGUCAAGCCAAGAUGGCGAUCGCUGGCGGAGAUGCAUGUCCUCCACAGGAUGUGCCCCCGAAGGACCCAGUCCCCCAGGACCCAUCCCCUCAGGACUCAGCUCCCCAGGUUUCAGCCCACCACUGCUCCCAGGAGAGCCUGGUGUCCCAGGAGAGUGAGGACACCUACUUGUAACCCUGGCAUCUCAGGCCUCCAGGGCGGGGUCUCCACACACCUACAUGGUUCACAGACUGACACACUCCAGGGCCUGCCCACCCUCUGAGGGUCUGGCUGCCUGGCUACUGGGUGCAGAGAGCCUGGCUGGCCCAGUACAGGUUCUGCCCAAGCCUCCUUAUUUAUUUUCUCGAGAGUGGAGCUCGGGCCGAUCCAGCUGGGGCAGGCAGAAGUGAGGGCCUCACUCAGGCCUCUCCUUCUGGGGGGAUGCUCCCCAGGGCUAGGGCACUGAUGAGGGGGGAGAGUGGGGUGCAGGGUGGGGUACUCUGUGUAAAAUAGAAACAUGGUUUUGUACAGAAAUAAACAGGUUUGUAUAGAGA